UAGCGUUUUCUAUCAAAUUUCGCAGAAGAUUCCAAAAUGACACCAUGGUCGCUUAUAUUUCGUUUCAAGUAAACUCAGUGUUUAACGUUAUGCCAAGCGAUUUAAAAUGCUCCAAAACUGAACCUGCUUUGCCAUUGCUUCAGGAAAUUACUGCGUAAGUGAUGUCUCGACUUGUCAAGAAAUCUCCAUCUCUUUGUACGGAUCUACCACUGGACAACACUGAUAUUUGUAACAAACUUAAUUUGCUGAGGAAGCUUCUGACAUCUUGUUUUGGUCCGACAGGUAGACUAAAACAGGUUCAUAACAACAUUGGAGGGCACGUCGUUACCACUUCGUCCUCCUCAGUUCUCCUUCCAGCCAUUUCCUCCUCACAGCCUUUUGUCAAUCUGAUAAAAACCUCGAUUCUCAACCACGUUUCUCGUUUCAGUGACUGUGGUUUAUUUGCUGCCAUUCUUUGUUUGGCUCUUAUUGAGCAAGCAAAGCAAUCUGGUAACAGAGGAAAUGUGGCUAUCAGACUGAACAAGCACUUGCUGGGUCUGUGCGUCAGUUACCUACAAGAAGACGACUGUGGUUGCAAAGUGAAGCUUGACUUCUGCAGCAGCCAGAACCUGGUCACAUUAGCUCGCAGUAUUAUCUCGAGCAAACCAGCAUGUGUGUUAACACAGCAGGAGACACUUCACAUCAGCAAGUUGGCUGUGCAAGCUUUUUUGCUCACUGUUCCUUGUGACAGCCCAGGUACAGUCACACUGGGCAAGACAGUGACUGUCUCUGUUGAAGGCCAUUCUGUGCUAAACUCUACAGUGUUUCCAGGUUUACUGUUGGACAUUACAGAUGUGCUUUGCCUCAACAAGGCAGAGAACCUGAAUUCAAAUCCACUGUGUACGGUGUUGUUCAGUGCAUCCCUUGCCGGAGAUCUUUCUGAACUAGGAGAUGGGAUAAUUGAGGUGCAUUCGGGAGCAGAGACAGACUCACAGAUCCUGGAUCAACUCCUGGAGCUCGGCAAGCAGGUGGUUAAAGAUGAGGUGAAGCUCUUUGUAUGCCAGAAGGUCAUCCACCCAGUCCUACAGCAAUACUUGAGGAGUCAAGGCAUCAUCGUGAUAGAGAGACUGGGAAUCACUCUCAUGGAGCCACUUAUUCAGCUGACAGGUGCUCAACCUGUGGCCACAUUACAUGCCACACUCCCAGCCAAGGCCUACGGGAAAGUGAGGGAUCUCACUAUUAGGCAGUUUGGAUCCAAGACAAUGCUGCAUUUACAUGCUCCUGGGGAUUCCGCAAUCUGCACAAUGGUCCUCUGCCACAGGAACGAGACAAUGCUAAGUGAGCUGAAGGUGGUGUGCCAGAAGACGGAACAUGUGUUGAGGCUCACCCUAAGGGAGCCCUCCGCAUUACUUGGAGGUGGGUGUACCGAGACCCACUUAGCUGCUUACGUCAGACACAAGAGCGUGAAUGAAGUAACAGAGACAGCAUCGGUAUUAGGAUGCACACAGACAGAGUACCUUCGGGGCAUGGAGGGAUUCUGCCGCUCUCUGGAGUCUGUAGCCACAGCGCUGGAGCACAAUGGCGAGAGUUCUUUAAUCGAUCUGAUUUAUGCUCACCACUGGACCCUCCCUGCAGAUGCCAUGACAGGAUGCGUGGAGGAUAGCUUGGGCUUCUGUGGCUGUGGCCUGAUGGAAAGUAGCCCAAGUAAGAAGUGGACUUAUCUAAACACUAAAUACUCAGAGUUCUCACCUGCAUCCCUGUGUAGAGACACUACUGUGCAGCCGUGUGUGCUGGACUCCUUCACAGCUAAACUCAAUGCGUUGCAAGUGGCUGUAGAAACUGCUAAUCUUGCACUAGAUGUAAGAUAUAUAAUUCAAGAUGUGAAGUAGUAGAAAUUUUGUCUAGUGAUGGAUUUGGGUUUAAAGAGGGGAAUGAAUGCUGUUUUACUUUUCAAAGGCAUAAUACAGGUUAGACAGUAGCCACUGGGAAUGUCUUGUCUCUAUCCUUUGGUGUGGUCUUAUGCUUAACCUCUAUGUUAAGUCACUGACGGU